UGAUCCUUGGGCGAUCGUCACGAAAUUUGAAAUGCGGAUUGCUGGCUAACGAUAACCUAAGAAAACAAAGUCUAGUCUAGUGGAUAAAUCAUUGCAGCAAGUAUUUCCUUUUUUGUCUUUUUUAGAGACAUUCUGUUACUACUGUAACACGCUACUAACAACCUAGCCACUAAGUUUGCGUUCACAGUUGUGUGUUGAACUCGAAGCCUCCAGUCUUUCAAGAUAACCAACGUAGAUAUCGAUAGCGUGUAGAGCUGGCUGUUCUCGUUUGUCUGUCUUUCCUCGGAUUAUGGCUGCGAUUGGUGAGCAAGACUUUGUGUCCGUGGCCGAUGAGAAGUUUGACUUUGACAUUUCACUUUCACCUGCAAGUUCAAAGGGAGAUGAGGAUGACGAUGAAGUCUUUGUUGGUCUAAUCCGGCACAAGGAGAGAUGCAUUGCCCAUGGUGUGGAAUCGCGAGUGAAGGACAGCGUCAGCAGUGGUCCAUCCCUGGGGGAGGAACCCAGUUGGAGUCCUCUAACGGGGGACGACUUUGAGGAGAUCAGCAAAGAGGCCCAGCUGGUGGUCAGCCACUUGGACAGCAGCCUGCAUGGAUCAUCCAAGUCCCAGGAGUCUUGUGUCGAGGCGGUUUUCACUCCGGCCACAAAGAUAUUUGAAGAGGACAGUGCUGCCAAACGGAGGCUCAGCCCCAUCAAAAGGGAGACAUUCUGUAUUCAGGACAGUCCGCUGAAGCAGCUCCCGCCUGCCAUUCAGCAGCGUCUAAUGAGGGCUAAUCGAGCUGGAGCCACCACCACCGCUGCUCCCGGGAAACCACGGCUCAGCACUUCUAGCCCAAUCAGGCAGCCUGUUGUUCAGCCCAAGAUGGCGCUCAGGAGCAAGGCUGGGCUGGCUGGGCCCAGGAGUGUGCUUCCCAGCAGGCCCUCUGUCCCAGUGGCCACACAGACUCCUGUUAAAAUGAGGCCUGCACCUCCAGACAAAACCAAACUUCAACCUCCAACCAGAGGUAACUUGGGCCCAAGACGCAGUAUGAGCUGCAGAAUGUCCACUAGAAUGGGCUCCACUGAAGAUCUCCUUUCAGACUCCGCUAGUAUUACCUCCGAUGUCAGUGACACCUCCCUCAACAACAGCCUGACUGGGAAGAGAAGUAUCCCUCCCCCCUUCAAGCCUGCCCUCAGAAGACCGUCCGCAGUCAAGGGUCAAGGGUCAGUCAAGGGUCCUGUCGCUCAGACUUCCAGGGUGGUGGACAGAAGGAGAAACACGUCCUCCUCCAAUUCCUCAGUGUCCAGCAUCAAUUCCAGUAUUACUGGCUCUCCCAUGCCCAAAGCUAAGCUCAAUGCAUCACUGAACUCCAGUGGCCUCUCUGCCCCAGCUGUCCCCACUGCCACCAAGACCCGCCAGUCAUCAGUCACGAGUCGAGCCCCAGAACCGCCCACAGUGGCCCGCAGGUCCAUCUCCGUUCAGAGCAGGAAACCCUCGGAAUCCCUUACCCGACCGGUCAGGUCAACUCCCAGCAAGAAACCAGACCCUACCCCUGUCCCUACUCCCCGCCAGACAGCAGCUAGGCGGAGCAUAGCACCAAGCUCCAGCGUCCAGGCGACCAAAGCGGAGAGCGCUGUCAAAGGCACCCGCAGACUGACCGGACUCUUCGGUGCAACUCCCUCAAAGGGAACGAAUCGAUCGGAAGCAUUGGCAUCCCCUGAUGGCCCACGGAUCAUAAAGCCAAAACGGUUAAUGUCAGCUUGCAGCAUGGAAAGUUUAACACAGAAACCAGGACAUCCUGCUGGUUUCCAGACGCCCUCUGGCAGAGAUAAGUUAUUGCCUGCGGCCAAGAUGAGAAGACUGUCUGCCCUGCCGACCCCAAGCGGCCGUCAUGUCUCCAGUGUUCCUACGAUGACCCCAAGCGGCCGUCACAUCUCCAGUGUUCCUAUGCUGACCCCCAAGAGUUCUGCGAAGCCCAGACUUCGAACAGAGUCCUUACCAGUCCCCGCCAAGAGGGCCUGUUUUAAGAGUCCAUCCCGAGUGGAGGAUGUUCAGAUGGAGGAGCCUCAGGAGUCCCAGGAAGAAGAGUCUUUGUCCAGCGAUGAGUCCCUUGGUCAGGACAAGUCUGAGCCGAUUAUCUUCUCCCUGGAGGCGGAGGCAGAGGCACCCACUGCCCCUGUAUCCGUGGCCCCUGAGCAGGGCAUCAAGCCGGAGCCUAAGCUGUUCACCCCGGAGCCGCUCCUGGUGAACUUUGAGCCCCAGGCAGUCCCAGAGGUGGAGAAAACCAGUGGCCAGUCUCAGCUCGACACAACCAAGAGCCAGAAGAUGAAUGAGGUACUGCUGAUGGAUCUCCCUGCUCCUGAGCUAGCCCCUGACGAGAAGCCCCUCAUUGAUCUGUCCAACACCCCAGACAUCAUCAGAACGACCUCUAUGAAGCCCUGCGGAGGACAGUUAAUUGACCUCAGCUCACCGCUCAUAAAAUGGAGUCCCGAGGACAAGAACGAAAAUGUUGUGAAGGAGGGUCAGCUUAUAGACUUGUCCUUCUAACUGGGAUGUGUAAUAUCACCUGCGCUUAUUUGAUCAAGAAAUCCCGGAAAAAAAUACAGUAAUAUAAUGCAGAAGCUUUCACUUUGUAACCAUGUGGUUCACUUUUGUUUUUAACUCAUAGAUUACUGUACUGUCAGUGCAAUAUUUUAAUGUGAACAAUUUCCAACAUUACUGCAGGUACAGCCUUUUGAUUUAUUUGUAUCUGUUUCUUUGUAUAUUUCUGUGUGCUAGUUGCCUUAAUUUCUCUGAAUGUACAAAUAAAUGUUAAGAAAU